CUCCUUCCGGCAGGACCGCUCAGUCCGGCCGGCGAUGGUACGAUCCGGAGGUGAGAGGCAGACCGGACGGAGCCGCCCGCAGAGGCAACGAUGUGGCCGGGAAGCAGGUCCUGCAGUUUGUCUCGACUAGAAGUCCUCGUCCGGCAUCCCGGUGGGCUGGGUACGCGUACGCCUUGUUGGGACCCACAGCCGUGGAUGGAGAGAAUUACAUUAGAGAAACAUUACGCAUCAGAUUCCGUUGAUUCAGAAGAACCGGGCCUUGCAGGUGACGUCUCAUGAAAGGCAUCGUUUUUAAGUGUCACUCUGCGUCUGCUCCAACCAGCCCCUUUUUUCUCCUCGCUUCCCCAGCAGCGUGAAGAGCUGAACGAGGAGGAGGUGGGGGAAGGUGGGCAAUCAUGCAGCCGAGCUUUGGUGUGAAGACAACUGGCCAGCAGCUACGCAGGGACUAAAGUUUUGAUGCAACCACAGUUUCCAGUGACCAACCCGAGAAUGGCACUCAGUGACUAUGACUUGUGAUUCUGCUUCCCCCAUUCAAGCAUUCAAGUGCAACAUCAAAACAGUGCAGUGAAGGCAAGGCAGCCAUGAAGCUAUUCAGGAAGGACAAUAUCUCCGCUAAGAACGACCAGGAGAAAGCCAUCCAGUAUGAGGACCCACCAGACGGCGGCUGGGGCUGGCUCGUGGUGUUGCAUUGUUUCCUGGUAAAUGUUCUGGUGAUGGGAACACUCAAGACUUUUGGGAUCUUCUUUGUGGCAUUCCAAGACGAAUUUGGAGGUUCGGCAGAGGGCAUCAGCUGGAUCGGUUCCAUCAUGUCAAGUCUGCGUCUGUCUGGAGCACCCAUCGCCUCUGUGGCUUGUGCCAAGGUAGGAACCAGAGUGACCUCCAUUACUGGGGCAGUGCUGGUUAGUGGAGGCUUUCUCAUAAGUAUUUUCGCCAACAGCGUGGUUUUUCUCUACAUCAGCAUGGGCGUGAUAGUCGGAAUGGGUUUUGCACUCCUAUACCAAUCCUUCUCAGUGGUCACGGCAUUGUACUUCCGAAAGAAGUUGGCAACAGCGUAUGCAAUUGGGCGUUCGGGGAUGGGAUUGACCUUUGCCCUCGCUCCAUUCACUCAGCUUCUUUUGGACCAAUAUGCUUGGCAAGGGGCCAUGCUGAUUAUCGGCGGCCUCAUGCUCAACCUGGUGGCCACUGGUUUGCUCCUGCGGCCCAUAAAUGUGAAACCCCCCGCUGUGUCACACUCUUUUUCCCACAGCCAAAGGAGCCCAGUUCUCUCCCUCAAGAGCUUACCAGAAAAGGACCAUGCCAAGAGCUGCCUGAAUGGCUCCUCACAUUUGUCCAAUGGUGUCUCCAAAUCGGAUUCACUUCCAUCCCCACCUCCUCCCCCCAAGGACGCCGCUGACCUGGAGGGGCAGUCGACUCACACAAUAAACGGCCAGGUAGCGAACCCAGAAUUGAACAGACUGGUCCUCAAUGGCCAUGAGACCCAUCAAGACUUGGGAUUAUGUAAAGCGGCAGAUGGCUCGAGGGAGCCGAAUGGCGCCAUGAAUGGGUCCACAGCAGUUGGCCUUGUCUCCAUUCAUGCCGGCAGUUCCACUGAAGAGACCGUCCCGAAAGCCAAAGUACUGGAUUUUUCUUUGCUAAAGGACCCGUUCUUUUGCAUCUAUACGUGGUCUUUGGUCUUCAGCCAGCUGGCCUACUUCAUCCCCUACUUCCACCUGUCUGCACGAGCCAGAACCCUUGGCAUCGACCCCAUGGAUGCUUCUUUUAUCAUCUCUGUGGCAGGCAUCACAGAGACGAUCGCCCAGCUGGCCUCUGGCUGGGUUACAGACAAGAACCUUUUCCACAAGUAUCACUACCACAAGGCCUACCUGAUCCUCUGUGGUUUGGUCAACCUGCUGUCCCCGCUGGCGACGUCCUACAUCCUGCUCAUGGUUUAUGCUGUCUUCUUUGCCAUCUUCUGUGGGGGCUACAUGGCUCUGCUGCUUCCUGUUCUGGUGGAUCUCGUCGGGGCGGAGAAACUCAACAACUCAAUGGGCUUUUCUAUGUUCUUUGUCGGGCUGGGUUGCCUGACGGGUCCUCCUUUGGCGGGCUUCUUGUACGACUACACGCAGACUUACGAUUGUUCCUUCUACCUGGCCGGGCUCUGCUACCUACUCUCCUCCCUCUCCCUCUUCAUGGAGCCGCUGGCCCAGCGCUGGAGGGCAAGGCAGAGACUGACCAGGGCCAAGAGAGCACAAAAGAGCUGUAAGACCAACGGCUGCUUCACCCCUGACCGCCUGCAGAACGGCAUUGUGUAGAGGGGCAUCACAGCCCAUCUUAGGCCUCCAAUCUUGAAGCGGCAUGCUCGUGACUCACCAUGUGCUCCAUGUGACCCGUAAGUCAGGGACCUAAAUCACCCUCAAUUCCUGCUGGCAAGCUCUGGCGGAGGAAAAAUAUCAUGGUGGCCACAGGAAGCUCAUGGGACACUGGUGAAAAGACAAGGCCAAACUGGUAAUUGUUAGAAAUAUAUAAUCGCUCUAAUGGUCUUAUAAGAGGCGCACACAUGAAAAUGCAUCCAGCACAUUUGGGUUAGUAGCAAACUAUAGCCAACUCUCGCCUAAACACGACUACUCUCGCCUUGCACUUCUUUCUCAAUAAGCUAUGCAAAUGAGCUUCACGCCUACUUUUCACCUUCCUGCACAACAGGAGCACAAGCACGUAUGCUUACAAAAAGCACUUGGGACCAGGUUGGAAUUCUGUCUUGCAUGACAUCAUCAGCAACAACGAAUGUGCACUACACUUGGACACGCAAUGUACAGUAUAGUAUAGCAUAGUAUAGCAUAGAAUAGCAUAGUAUAGCAUAGUAUAGCAUAGUAUAGCAUAGUACAGUAAGCUACAAACAAACAAAACUACAAAUGUGCAAAAAGCAGAGGCAAUAAUGCUUACAUGUUUCAUAUUUCCUUUUCUUAUUACAUAACAACCUGACGCUUUACACCAGGUUUGAACUCUUUCCCCUUGGACUGAAUCUUGGGUUUUCACCACCGCAUCAUAAUAGCACACAUACUGAUCAUGCCCGGGGCUGGACAGUCCUCCCAUUCGAAAUCUAAGGCUAUUGCGUAAGGGGAGACUCCCUGUUCUAUCUUCCUGUCUGCCUAACACUCGAGAUGCCGUUUCCACUCGGACAACCUCUCAGUGGUCAACACAAAUACUGACAUUCCCGAGGGACAGCCAGCACUAUUUCAGUCGCUCCUUCUCCCGGACACCUGACCUCCUUCUGGACUGGGACUGUCUGAAGCUUCGUGUGGUGGGCGCCCAUCAUCCUUUUGGUGUCGGAUAAGCAUUUGGGACACACCCUUCCUCUUUACAAAUGCUAUUUGGUAGCAUCGCAUAGAAGGCAGCCGUUUAUGGGGACACCCCCCCCCCCCAUUUUGCACACAUUGCAGAUGUAGCACAGACAAAAACUCCAGGCACACAUGCACUGAAGUCCAGGCUGACGCAUGCUGGCUUAAAUACAGUAUGUGAAGAUAACCAGCCUGGGGGUCGGCUCUUCUGGAGAUGUGAUCACAACUUUAUUUGUGGCCAACUGUCAUCCAAAGAUGCAUUGCCCAUUUCAAUCACAAACCCAAUUUACAGAGCCGCAAAUGGACGGGACCGGAAGUGCACCCGCAGGCCACCGAUACAUGCUGGUGCUCCUGAUUAUUAUGCAAGUCUUAGCAACUCCAGACCGGGUUAUGUUUUGAGGCCUUCAGGUUGGUUUUCUUUGUACUUUGUCUUAUUUGUUCACCAGUUUGCCUUGGGGGUCUACAGUACCUCUGAAACCUGUGAUGUCAGCCAAAGACAUGGUAGAAACUUCCUGCAGGCUUACCGAAGCUUAUUCCACUUGUAUCCAGCAUGACAGAUUGACGUUAUGUUACACUGCCCUCUAGCGGCAGAUGGGGGCUCCUGCUCAAAGAAUGCCAGCUCAAUUAGUGCAAAAUGAUCCCCCAGCUCACUUCCGCUACAGUGAGCUUGGCUCUUUGUGUUGUUUCAAUCACCCCGGUCACGCACAAAGCUCUUUGGGCUCACAUGUUGCAUUCACGACCACUUUUGCCUCCUCUGUGGUUGAGGGCCAAUCCUGAUUUUGUACUAUGGAAGUUCUCUGAUGCUUUAAAGAUGUGUCUUGUUUCUUGCCUGCAUUAAUACUUUUCAGGAACUGUAGGUUUAUACCUUUUUGGAACACCUCCAAUGAGAAGUUGCAGUUCAGUCAAACCUGCAAAGGGGCGACAUACUCUUGAAUUGAUUUGUUAGCCAUGAUCGCCUGUAGCCAACUGUGUCUAACCCGUUGUAGAUAUGUUCCAAGCCCUUCAAAAGGUCAUUUGAAGCCUUGUAACUGUGCACAAGUCGCCCGAAAUAAAAUUGACA